UGAGAAAGGAAAAGCACAGAAAAGGAUAUAGAGUACAAUUUAGCUCAGGCAAGUUCACUUCAGUUCAGAGUAGACACAACACAACACAACCUUGACGAAUGCUAAUUGCAAGUAUGUCGAUUUCCAUCUGUUCUACGCCAAUUCCCAAUCUUCUUCGCAACUCCAUUUUCAAUGUUGCUUUCGGCUAUACUAUCCCAGGAAGGCGAUAUGUUACAUUUUGUUCUAUCCGACAAGAAUCUACUGAAAGACUGUCAUAUGUUCACCAACUAAGAGGAAGAGAUCACAGAGAUGUUUUGAAGCCUAUCGCUGCAGUUGGUUCAGGCUUGGAGACAUCAAUGACAGAUUCAAAGGGCGGUAUCCUUACAUUUAAAGGUGUUGAGAUAACUGUUGAAUCAGAAGAUGCAGAAAAGAUCAAAUUGAGGGUGGACUUGACUGGAGAAGAUACUCAGAAAGCCUUUGAUAUGGUAUUGUUAAACUUAACUCGCUCAGCCCCGCCAAUUCCUGGGUUUCGCCGCCAGAAAGGAGGAAAAACAGCAAAGGUUCCCAAGAACUUACUUCUGGAUAUAAUUGGUAGAAACCGUGUUACAAAUUUUGUUAUUCGGGAAAUUGUCACCUCAGCUGUGGCAGGUUAUGUGGAGGAGGAGAAGCUUACUCUGAAGGAUGACAAGAUCAACACAACUCAGACUGAAGAUGAGCUUAAACAAUCUUUCGUGCCUGGAAAUGCAUUUGGCUUUAAUGUUGAACUGGAGCUUAUAAAUGAAGAAACUGAGAGUGAGACUGCUAGUGCUGAAACUGAGAGUGGGACUGCUAGUGCUGAGACUGAAGCAUAGCAGAUUUCGUACUCAGAAGCAGUAGUAUUUUAGCAUUUCCUACAGUUGGGCUUCAACAUCUAAACAUGGGCGUGUUUCAACUAAAUUUGUGCUCAAAGGCUGCCUUUGGUCCAGAUUUAUAGCCAGAAGGUUCUAUGAUGUAAAAAAUGUUUUGUUAGUAAUUUGACCAAUUUCUAUGAUUUAGCAGCUAUAACAAGAUGAGAACAAUUUUCUGCAGUCUUCGUGUCUGCUGGUGGUGCUAAAAUUAUCUGCAGUUUAAAGUGUAAGGAUACCAUCUUUGUGUAUUUGAAAACGGAAGAACAAUAUUCUUUUUUUAUUUUUAUUUUUUUUGACACAGGAUAACGAUAUUUCUUUGCAGCAAGUCUCUGAGAACUUUUUUUUUUUUGACAUUAGCUUAUCCAUACAUUAAUCAACAAGAGUUUA